AUGCUGCAUUUUGUUAUGUAUGUCGGAUUUUUUAGUACAGGAAACUGUACCCAGGAUAUAUGGACUCAUUCCGGAUUUGAUAAUUGGCAAAAAUUUGGUACUAAAGUAAAUGGUCAUUUAUCUUCUAAAAACCAUCUGACAAAUGUAGAAAAAAUGAAUUCAUAUAAAAAACCAAAAGAAACAGGAUCUGUAAUAACCCAAAUAUCAUCUUUCCAUAAAGAAGAAGUGGCAAAAAAAAGAAAAUAUAUGUCUUACUUAAUUGAAAUUGUAUUGUAUUUAGCCAAGCAAGGUAUUUUAUACAGGGGGCAUGAUGAAAAAUGUGAUUCUUUAAAUCAAGGUAAAAUUUUAAACAAGAAAGUACAGGAAGAAAUUAUAGGAAUCUGUGCAGAUCUUGUUAGACAGACAAUUAUUGACAAUAUUGUUAAGACUGGACAUUUUGCUUUAAUGGUGGAUGAAGCCAGAAGCCAUAAACAAGAGCAGUUAUCUGUGUGUAUUCGGUAUGCAGUCGGUCUUGAAUCUUGUGAAAGGUUUUUACAGUUUGUUGAUGUUUCCAGUGGACAAGACGCCAAUAGUAUUGUUGCUGCUAUUUAUAAAUGUUUUGAAAAUUUGAAUAUUAGUAUGAACUCAUUGCAUAUGGUAGCACAAUCAUAUGAUAGUGUGAUGUCGGGUUGUCUCGGAGGUGUACAGACCAAAAUAAAAGAAAAAUAUCCAUGUUCAAUUUACACACAUUGUAUGGCACACAGGCUUAAUUUAGUUGUAGUAGAUAUGUGUAAAGGAGUUAAGGUAUAG